UAUUUUCCCUGAAAUAGGCUAAAAUCUUUCUGAAAAUUUGCCAUGUAUGACGUCACGCGUCGCAUUUACGUAAAGUCAAAUAUUGUCUCUCUUUUUGCUCUCCUUUGUUUCUCAACGUUCUGAACCCAACCUUCAACUUGAAGGUAGCUUGAACCACGACCUCUGGCAAAAUGGGCGACAGUUUCGUUCUCAAUCGGCUUAUGUUCUGCAUGGCUCAUGGCAAUGAGCUAUGCAACAAGUGCUACUGCGACCAUCGCAUGUGCAACAAUCUCAUUGCAGAGAGUAUGGAAGGAACCAGUGGCGUUGCGAAAAGAUUGAUCAAGGAUGCAGAUCGAAAACCUAUCAGCGACAUCUUCGCUCUCGGCGCGGUCAAGAGCGGGAAAAAGGAUGCUGACGGCUAUCCAUCCUACAAAUGCAAAAUACACGAUACUAUCGACUGUCCAGACUGCUUCGAUUGGAUCAAAAUUAUAGUUGCACAGUCCAAGAAGAAAGACAAAGGCAAGGUCGAGGAUCGGAGUCAGAUUUUGGGGUUGUUGGAGUCGAUGGGUGUCGAACUGCCUCCGACUUUGAAAUUGCCCAAUGACGCGCUUGAGAAGAAGCUCGCCAGUGCCUUGAGUGCUGCCCAGGAGAUAUCAACUCUGGGGAAAUUCCCGAUCAAUCCUUCCAAGCUUCCGUUGUGGAAAAAUCAGUCCAAAUCAGCAUUUGAUGCUAUGCAACGAACGAGCAUGGCCGAGGCGAUGAGGAACUAUAAUGCACGGGCGCGAGGGCUCCCAGACCCAUUUGCCUUGUAUAGCUCUGCUUUUAUUGACGCAAGGCAAACUCUGAGGCAUUUGUGUCGCAAUCUUGAGGAUGGUAUGGCGGUCAAUAUAUUGCAAGACAAAGAUCAUAAUGAAGUUAUCUGUAUUCGCGUCUUGGACAUUUACAAGCUCAAUGACAGAACGCCACUCAUUUCUUUGAUCUACGAAACAGCCAGCAUUAGUACACCCAUUAACACCACCAUCGAUUUCGUUCAGAAUGUCAUCUCGAAAAGACGUAGCGACGGGCAGAUGGGACUUCCACAAAUUGUCUGCACGCCAGAGGAACAGGCUUUACUCCGCAAGCUGUUGUUUCAAAAUUCCCAACGUUUAGUACCGGAAUACGCGCCACACAAAGAGCGCUAUGAGAAGACUUUUAAAACGUCUUUCCUCGUCCCUCUGGGACCCCCUGAUCAGAUAACUAUUGGAAAACUAAGCAGCAAUCUCGGCUGUGAGGUCUGUGGCGAGAAGACGACAAGUCGGUGCUCUCAGUGUCAAUCUGUAUCAUACUGCGGUGCAACCUGCCAGAAAGCCCAUUGGAAAGAUCACAAGAACUUCUGUCGGUCCUUGAAGGGAGGAAGUUGGGUCCAGUUCCAUUUUGUCACAGCAAUGAAGGACAUCAAUGGGAAGAAACUCUACACAUCAUACGUGAAUAACCAAGGAAUAAUGAACCCCACGACUGUCAAUCCAGACGACGAUGCACCUCCUUCGAAUGUUCAUGGAGAUAAACCUUUCUUAAUCAAGAUCCAGAAGCCAUUGACUCGAAUACCGGGACUUGCGCUUUCGGACGAUGUUAAUGUCCCUCCUUCGUUGUUGAUAUAUGACAGGCAGCGCAGCUUUCGAGCUCAUGCGAUAGAGGCCGAUAAUCCACAAGCGUACUCGAUGGCUAUUCGCGAAGUUCUGAUGGGGAAGACCAAGGUAAAGAUCUACCGGUGGGCGAAGAGGGUCGGGGACUUCGAACUCAGCAUUUGUUUAGACCGUGCGCCGGAACCCGAGCCCGCUUGGUAAGUACAGUAGCCUUCGGUGUUAAUGCUGCCAAAUGGAUUUAUUUUCAUCAACGAC